AGGCACUGGUUAGAACAGGGAGGAGUCUGGAGCUCAGAGCCGACAGCACCCUAGCAACAGUGGGUCACAGUGGCCUCGGCAGCUCAGUCUGGUACAGUAAGUUCUAGACAGACAUGCAGUGCUCAGACCCAGCUGUCCUUUCCUACGUACUCAAGAGAACACAUACCCACUGGGCUCCUAGCCGGUCUGCAGUAACACCUUCCAUGGCCCUCCUCCUUUCUCUCACCUUGAUCUCUUCCCUUCAAGUAUAUAAUGUUCUAAACCAAAUGUUCACCCUUCCACUUAAGGUUCUUAUACUGACUUAAUGUAGUACUCUGAACAUGGCAAGAUUAUUUUUACUGGUUGACAGAGGGCCUACUGGAUCAGACUUAAUUUUUUCCCCCUUGACUCAUAUCCUAUUAAGUGGGCAUCCUCCCUGGGCCCUUGACAAAAUGGGGGUCUUGUCUACCUUUCUGUGGGAAGCAGUAUGCAGGGAUCUUUACAAACCUGGAAGGUGGCUGUAGGAUGCCCUCCCUACUGCCUGAAAGACAGUAUUGUUCACUAGAAUGAGAAACUUGAUCUUUUCACCUAUUCUUUUUUUGCUCAAAAUUAGUAGAGCUGUAAGGUUUACUAGGGAAUCAGCUGUUCACAAACUGUAUUUGGCUUCACUCUAAAAUCUUAAAUAGCCAAAAAAAGUGUGGUAGAUAAGAAUGGGACAGAGAGUAAGUUGGCCUGGGUCUAAAUUCUGGCCCUAAGUGAUCUGAGACAAGUUCCUUGGCCUAUCUGUGCCUGUUUUUCCAUCUAAAAAAUGAACUGGCUCCUGCAGAGAAUAAGAUACAUAGGCCGUCAUGAUACUAGCUGCCAGCAGUACUACCACUGUUAGUUAUGGCAAUUAACAUAAUUCCAGUGGAGGUCUGUAACUGAAAACGAUCACAUCAUAAAAUUCCAAGGGUGUUUUUAAUAUGAAGCUCUGUAUAUAAAUUUCCUAUGUUUGAUGGAAACAAGCUUGUAAAAUCCUUUCUAAUUAACAGAGUAGGUAUUUUUUCAUAUCUUAAAAUGGCCUUCUGUUUUCUUAACAUAUCUGAGCCAAGGGCACAUACAGCUUCCAUGCUCAUGAUAAAGACUGGGUGCUUAGAAAUGACACAAAAAAUCGACCCAACUGCAUUCCAAAAACAGCCACCAGGACAGCAAUGGAAAAGAUCCAAGUGUAGCAUAGUGCACUGACGUGGAAACGGACUGCGGUGAUAAAUCAACUGGGCUCAAAUCUAGGUCCUGUCAUUUAAUGCAUGCGUGACCCUGGGCAAGUUACUAUUGCCUCAGUUUACCCCUUUACAAAAUGGGGAGAAUGGCAAGAUCUUCAGAUGCCACGAAGAUCAAAUCAGUACACAGAAAGACUGACAUAAUAAGCACGGUCAGCAUGAAUUAUUAUUGCUAGUAUUCAAAAAAAUAGACAUCCAGGACAAGGCACAGAUCACCACGGCUUCUAGUGUUUUCCCACACCGUCAGAGACGCGCCUUUCUAAACAGGUGACUAUUAUCUAGACAGCUUGCUCAGUCCGCUCAGUCUUAACUGUGCGGGCAUAAGCAGAAGCCUCCUGAUUUUCCGAGAUUCAGGGAGAAUCAUCAGAGAUGUGGCCAGGAAGACGUAGGAGAAUUAGCAUCCCCUUCAGUCCGAUUUAAAUACCCCUGGGGAACAGGAGUGAAUGACAAAGGACAGGGAAACAGAACUGGAAACAGGUUUUCCUUUUUUUUCUCUACUUCUCUCUAGGUGGCAGAGUACCAAAUUUUAUCCUUUUUUUUUUUUUUUUCCUUCUUACUUGUUUUUCACAAAGCUGAAUACAAUCAGCAAAUGGUCACUAUAAUUAUGACAGCACAUCUAAUAUCCCAGAGGAUUCAGAGUACUUUUCAUCCUUUCCAGAGCUUUCUCUUUCCUAUUUAGGACCAAUUCCUUUUUUCCUGGAACUAACCAAUUUCCACCAUCCUACGCAGCUGGCAGUUUUAUUAAAUAAAUUGCAUUUUCAAUAGAGGUGAAGGGGAAGGAACACUUAUUUUACGGAUCUCGGAUAUUUAUUCAUUCAUUUAUUUAAUUUUGAAACAGGGACUUGCUAUAUAGCCCAGGCUGGCCUGGAACUCGCGGCGACCCUCCCGCCUGAGCCUCUCAAGAGCUGGGAAUUACGUGCACGCAGGCACCAUCUUGCCUGGCCAUGGGAUCCAGACGAUUUAUAAGGGAAACAAGGGCAGCGGCUGGGCUGGUGCGCACGAGGAGGAUAUUCUAGCUGUGGGUAAUAAGAUGACGUACUAAAAUCUGAGCAACGCAGUUGAAGCUAACAAUAUGUAAUAUAACAACCACUGUUAAUUCCUAUCAUUUUGUCUUGAAACCCUGUACCACUUUUAAUGUUCUUGCUUUGUUUCGUUUAUGUUUGUGACGUUGGUAUGCUGCUGUUUUUUUUUUUUUCUCGUUUACUAUCUUUUAAAAAAAAAGAUGACGUACCAAAACCUAGGUGCUCGAGGGAGCUGGAUGCUAACUAACCGCGCACAAAUGCACACAUCGCAACGCAGACACCGGCUGGCGGGGGCGGGGCGGGGCUGCACGGUCGGAGCACCGAGAGGCCAGGGAGCGGGCUCGGCUGAGCCAACAGGAAGCCUCACCCUGACUCUCCACCCAAGCUGACCUAUCAUCUUCUCUCAGGACCUAGUUGUAGGGCGUUUCCUUCCCAAGCCGACACUUGAGUCCUUGCCUGCGCCCAGCUGAACGCAAAGUAGCUACGUACCCUGAAGUGUGUGGGUAAAACAGACUGUGCCGCUGGAUCUGAAGAUGGCUCUUCUUCAGGCCAAUAAGGACCUCAUUUCUACGGGAAUGAAGGAAUUUAAUGUUCUGCUGAAUCAGCAGGUCUUUGAUAACCCUCUGAUCACAGAAGAAGACAUGGUGGUGAUCGUGGAUGACUGGAUGAACAUCUACCUCAACUUUUACGGGCAGCGGAUGGCAGGGGAGAAGGAAGAGCAAGACAAAGCCCUGCAGGAGUUUCAGCGAGAGCUCAAGGCUCUGGCCAACCCUUUCCUGGACAAAUACAGGGCCUUCCUGAAGUCCCAUGAGGACGUGAAUCACGCACCGCCUUCCUCCUAGCCCAGAGGCCCAGGCCUUCCUGUCUAAGGGCCCGGCAGUCCUGCCCCGUGCUCUUCCUGUCCUCAGGUGAUGGUCCUUUAGGGUGUUGCUCUACCCUGACAUCCCAAUAAAUACCAGUUUGACUGAA